AGAAAACGCCGCUCAAAAACACUCCGCCUCUGGAGCCCAGAGUCUCGUGCCUCGUGCCAUGUCACUCGAACCGCGAUCGCUGACCUCCGCGUCCGCCGGUUGGCCCCUUCCGCGGGCGACGGUGAGAAGGGCUGCGGCUCCAACUGUCAAGAUGGGGAGAAGUGAAGGAAAUGCACUGGUGAUGGCCUUUGUAGUGGCGAUUCCCUGCGCCUACCGCUACACCAAGCGGCGACUCACACGUAGCGUGCGGCGUGCUGGGCCGCAGAACCUCUACCAGCUGCUGAAGCUGUCCCCCUUGGAGGUGGCUGGUGCAAGCACAGAUAGCCUGAAGCAGAGGCAGAGAGCCAUUCUCCGCAUUUGCCAUCCGGACAUCGCGGGCGCGGGCGGCGCCGCGCUGACCUCCGUGCUCGCCGAGGCGGUGGCGUUGCUGGGCUCGACGGCCGGACGCAUUGAAUACGAAGCAAGACUGCAAGGCAACUCCUUGCAAUCGCCCUCCGAGCCCAUUGAAGUGAUGUGGCCAUCGUUGCACAAGAUCAACUUCUCCGGGAACCAGUGGAACAAGGUGGCCGAGGAGGAGAGGGGCCUGCAUCACGCCGCUCAAGAGCACCUCUUUGUCGACGAAGUGGCGUGCACCAAUUGCAUGAUCUGCGUGGAUGCUGCGCCAAAUACCUUCGAGAUUGUGGAGUACCCAGGUGGGGAUGACAACUACGGUGCUGGCAAAUGCGCGCGCGUCCAUACCCAGUGGGGCGAUGGUGAGGAGUUGUUGAUGGAGGCCACAGAGUACUGCCCACGAGGCUGUAUCCACUGGGUGGCACCAGAGGCUGUCCGCACUUUGGAAUAUGUAAGCCAAGCAGAAGAGUUCCAACCCUUCCUUGGCAACAAGCGCAAGAAUCGCGGCUUCCGAUCAGGACAAACAAAUUUCGAUCCCAUCAAGGGCUUUCAAGUCUGGUGGCCGCUUGAGGAAGGAAUGGCCAUGAUCGAGUCAGGUAACAUUUGCCCCAGCGACGGAGCUGGGCGUGUGACCGUUUCGGGCGAAGAUUCCAGCUUGCUGGCUGCUUGGGAUGAAUUACCUGAAGAAACACGGAUCCAGAUCCUGGAGCUGUGCUGGGAGGAUUCCGCCGAAGAAUAAGCGGACCUGCACCGGAGUGGUUUGAGGGUCCUCGGCAGCUGGAGGUGGAGUGGUCUAAGGGUCCCAAAACUGGUCCCAAAUGACAGCUCAGUUCAUUCUUGAAGGCAUCGAAUAGGUUGCUCAUGUUUUCGCCGUGUGCUUCGAUUGUUGGAUACAUUUUGAUGAUCAAUUGGUUUGGUUUGGAUAUCCCUACCGUGUCGAAGGGACAGUGUGGCCGUGUAGCUGUGACGAGUUUUCCACUGCUUGGCAUGGCAAUCGCAACAAUCGCGAUGCCAGCCGACCGCGGUGCCAACCGCGUGCCUCUGGAAGUACCCAGGGGAAGUGUUUAAGGUGAUGAACUGCGAAGUCCCGGGCCUCAAAGCACGUGCCCAUGCAGAGACUGAGGUCCCUGCAUUGUUUCACAUCGAGACGUGUUCCC